CUUUUCUUGAACGUAAUAAUGUCUGCACAGUGGAGCGAAGAACAAACCCGAAUGCUUAUUGAUGAACGUAAAAAUGGGAAUGAAGAAUACCACCGAACCUCUAUUCGUAAUAAGAGAAACUUUUGGGAAGAUAUUGCGAAUGAAAUCAACCGAGUAAAUAAUACUAACUACUUCACCGGGGAAGAUUGUAAUAAGAAAUUCUUAGCUCUAACUCGGGCAUACUAUGUAAGUAACAUUAUAAUCGAGCAGUUGGAGACACUAUGCUUAUACUUAUCCCGACUCUAAUCUGAUAUUUUUGGUAAAUAUAGACGACCGUGGCCUAUAAGAAAG